ACCUCCACCACAUGGUACAAGGCAAUGAUACCUCAAUUUCAGAAUUUAUUCUCCUGGGAGUUUCGGAGGAACCAGAACUACAGCCACUUAUAUUUGGGCUUUUCCUCUCCAUGUACCUGACCACUGUAUUGGGAAACCUGCCCAUCAUCCUGGCCUUCAGCUCAGAUUCCCACCUCCACACACCCAUGUAUUUCUUCCUCUCCAACCUGUCCUUGGUAGACAUCUGUUUCACCUCCACCACCGUCCCAAAGAUGCUGUGGAACAUCCAGACACAGAAGAAAGUCAUAACCUAUGAAGGCUGCAUCACACAGAUUUAUUUUUUCGUACUCUUUGCAGUGUUGGACGAAUUGCUCCUGACCGUGAUGGCCUAUGACAGGUAUGUGGCCAUCUGCCACCCCCUGCACUACAUGGUCAUCAUGAACCCCAAGCUUUGUGGACUUCUUGUUCUGGUGUCCUGGAUCCUGAGUGCCCUACAUUCCUUGUUACAAAGCUUAAUGGUGUUGGCAUCUUGCCUUUCAGGAGCUGCUCUUUCUCAAUUUCCCUUCCGCCUGCAACGCAGAAACCGAGAUCCAGUUCAUGUUGUUCAGCCCCAAACCCUGGCUGUCUGA